GCAGAGUAGCAGUGAUUCCCAAUGCCUUGCGUUGGCUCUGUAGUUUCCUGCUGCUCGUCAGCCUUUUCUCUCCACAAUAAGCAUCGCAGUUUUUUCUUCUCUCAAUUUCAAAAGAGUGGUUCAAUUCGGACCCAAAAGAGACUAUCCUUCUCUAAUGCCAUCAUACUCAACAUAUUCUCCUCUGCAACUACUACAGCUGUUGCUGCGUCUCCUUUCGACUUCGCUCCUCCACCCAUCGAUAAUGACUUCCUUGAGAUGAUGGCAGAGUUGGGGGCAAAUAUUUCAGAAGAUGGGACCAUUGAAACAUUUGGCAAUGAUGAUAUUGCUCUCAGGACGGUUGAUGAUGGAGUUGUGGUUGUGGACCUUACACAUUUUGGUCGUAUAAGAGUCACAGGAGAAGACCGGAUUCAGUUUCUUCACAACCAAAGCACAGCAAAUUUUGAAAGCCUCUGUGAAGGACAGGGAUGUGACACCGUUUUUAUUACGCCAACAGCUCGUACAAUAGACAUUGCUCAUGCAUGGGUUAUGAAAAAUGCGGUAACAUUGGUGGUUUCGCCUCUAACAGGCAAAAGCAUAACUGACAUGCUUACAAAGUACAUAUUUUUUGCUGAUAAGGUAGAAGUUCAGGAUAUCACAAAGCAAACGUGCUUUUUCGUAGUCAUUGGACCUAAGAGUAACCAAGUAAUGGAGGAGUUAGGCCUUGGUGAUCUUGUUGGGAAACCGUAUGGCACACAUGUACAUUAUAGUGUGCAUGGAAUGCCAAUAACGGUAGGCGUUGGCAGUGUGAUUUUUGAAGAAGGGUUUUCUUUGUUGUUGUCGCCAGCUGCUGCUGGUUCUGUUUGGAACGCUCUUGUAAAUCUUGGUGUCUUCCCAAUGGGUGCUAAUGCAUUUGAAAGAUUGAGAAUACUUCAAGGAAGGCCAUUUCCUGGCAAGGAGCUCACUAAUGAAUUCAAUGUCCUGGAGGCUGGUCUUUGGAAUUCAGUUUCUCUAAACAAAGGAUGUUAUAAAGGGCAAGAGACAAUUUCUAGGCUCAUCACAUAUGAUGGGGUCAAACAGAAAUUGUGGGGCAUUCAUCUCCCCACCCCUGCAGAACCAGGCAGCCUCAUUACAGUAAAUGGCAAGAAGAUAGGAAAGCUCACAAGCUGUGCUGCUGGGAGAAAAGAUUCUGAGUAUGUUGGUCUAGGUUAUAUCAAGAAGAACACAGUUUCAGCUGGAGAUGAGGUAAAUAUUGGAGAAACAUUAGGUAUAGUAGUGGAUGUUCCCUUUCUAGCAAGGCAGACUCCUCUGACAAGGUCCAUUAGUCCUUGACUUUAAAGGAUCAUUUCCCUUGAGUUGGAAGGGAUUUGACUGUUGUAUGCUUUAUGUGAGAUUUUGGCUUCUUGUCCUUGUAUAUAUAGAUCAAAUUUAACUAUAAAGAGAACUUUAACUUGUUGGGUGGGGGUCGUUGUGUUUCAUUUGUCCAUCAAAGGCUUAAAUAGACACCAUCAUUUUGCAAUGGAAGUACUUGGUGGUUUGGCUCUUGAAUAACAUUUUGAUUGAAUAACUUAAGUUUCAUAAACGGUUGGC